AAUUGUGUGGUGCGAACUGGUGUUUUCUAGUUCAUUUACGAGGAAUCACCAUGAUGCUUUCGGAUUUACCGGAUGAAGUUUUAUGCUGCUUAUUCGACUGUCUCGAUGUGGCCGACAUGAGAAGAGCUGCUCUUGUCUGUCGACGGUGGUCUGAGCUGGUGUUUUCCGGUCGCCGCAUGGAUCGAGUGUUGCUGCGACCCAAGCCUGAUGAAUGCUCUGUUUUAAUGAGAAGUGAACGAAACUAUCGCCACAUUUACUUAAAAUUUAUCGACUGCACUGCACCGGUUUUUGCCGAAGGAAUGCCAGAAAAGAUAUUGCAAAAGUUCGGCUUAUCGAUUACUAGUUUGCGAAUCGAGUCAGGUAGGAGAGCAACCAGAGCCAUGCUUCGAAAAUUACUGUUAGAAGUUCCGAAUCUGCAAGAAUUGAGCAUCGACAUGGACUUGCCGUAUAGCGACACCGAAACAACUGAAUCGUUUCCAGUUCUAUCGAAAUUGAAAUAUCUAAAUCUACACCCUGUAGAAAAUAUGCCACUGUUCAGAGAUACCCUUAAUUUGCCUACCAACUCCCCACGCUUAGAACAUCUGAACUUGAAUAACGAAGGCGCAGCGUUUUCUAACGUUUUAGAGUAUUUCAGCCCUCAGCUGAAAGUGGUAACAGUGUACAAUGCAACCGAACAGUUGUUUCUACUGAACUUCCCUCAGCUCAGGGAGUUGAAUUUGGCCGUCAAUAUAAGGACGACUCCUCUGUUAAGUUUAGAUUUUUUUUCGAAGGCACUCCUCCAUUCAAAAGCUCGCGAUUAACGGCGAGAUCCCGAGAGACUUGGUCCAAAUCAUCACGAACCAUUGUCGCAAUAUUACGUAUUUGGGGCUUCAUACAUCACACCUUCAACAAGGAGAUUUCCAGUGCUUGCAACAGCUAACCAAGCUCAGCCAUCUUGAAAUCUUCGGCAAAACGGGAUAUUCGGGCGGCGAUUUUUUUUACGGAUGUGGAGCGAUUUCUUCACUCGAAAAGAUCUCGAUCGAGUACCUCCAAAACUUCGAUCAUUUGAAUUUAUUGACCCUCAAACAGGUUGCGCCACAACUGAAAUGUUUGCGACUCUGCUCAUCAUCUCUCGACGACUAUAAGGCGGUUAAGGCCUUCGAUGUGAUCUGCGAAUGUUGUUCACACAUCGAUUCAAUUAUACUAGAAAAUUGUAGUUUGAAUCAUGAAUUGAAGUUGUUGGAAAAGCUUCCACUCCUACGGGACCUGCAAUUAUACGACACGUUUAUUGGUCAUCAAGUACACCUACCCAACGUUCGAUUCUUGAAAUUAGCAUGCCGUAACGAGCGAAUGAAUCUAACGAUGCAAUGCUGGAGUGUUUAUCGUAGGCUUUUAGAUGUACCGAAAGAGUUCCCUAUGCUGGAAAGGCUAAUCAUCAAAUGCUGUCCGACAAAUGUGGAAAUGGUUGCAUCGCUCCAGGCCAUGAAUCCAUCAUGUAAAAUCGACCUAUAUGAAACACCAUGGCAUGUGGAAAAUUUUAAAUUUUAAAUUUCAAUACUGAUUCGUGUGCUAAAUUUGAAAACAGGCUUUCCAGAAACCAAAAAAAAAAUGUUUCGCUGUACUCUUUGGACAAAACACGAGUAUCGUUCCUCAGCCUGUCGUCGGGCCUCGGUUUGUUCCAAGCCUGUAUUCUGCUAUUGUCCAUCAUUUAUGUCUUUACAAUCAGAACUAGUUUUUAGGAAUCAAAA